GGUUGCACGCAACCUUCAUGCCUCGUAGGCUAUAACUUGCAGAUUUCAGGAAACAACACAAAAAGCACUUCUGGCUCCGCGAUUGAAAUGCACUACACAUGAGCAACCCACGCGGCACGUUCCGGGCUACCGAAGUGGCGAUUUAAACCCACGGUUGGAAAAGGCUCCCGAAUUGCCAUGCCUGCCACGACGACGAGCCUGGGGUAUACCCCGCCGGACGGGGGCUGGGGCUGGGCUGUGGUGUUUGGCUCCUUCAUCUGCAUCGGCUUCUCCUACGCGUUCCCCAAAGCUCUCACCAUCUACUUCAAGGAGAUCCAGGAGUUCUUCUCCAUCUCCUACAGCGAGAUCGCCUGGGUUUCCUCUAUCAUGCUGGCUACCAUGUAUGCGGGGGGUCCCGUGAGCAGCAUUCUGGUUAAUCGCUAUGGCAGCCGGCCCGUGGUGAUUGCCGGUGGGCUUAUGUGUGGGGUUGCUAUGGUAACCGCUUCUUUUGGCAAUUCCAUUAUGCAUUUGUAUAUAUGCAUUGGCAUCAUUGGAGGGAUGGGCCUCGCCUUCAACCUCCAGCCUGCCCUCACUAUAAUCGGGAAGUAUUUCCUGGUCAAGAGACCAAUCGCAAACGGCCUGGCCAUGGCGGGAAGUCCGGUGCUCCUCUCCACCCUGGCUCCGCUCAACCAGUUCCUGCUUGACAGCUUCGGUUGGAGGGGCGCAUUCUUCAUCCUUGGAGCCAUAAUUCUGAACAGCUGUGCGGCUGGGGCCCUCAUGAGGCCUAUUGGCCCCAAGCCACCGCGAAAUCCGGAAAACCCCAGCGGGAACGGUGCCGGGAAGGCCAGCGUGGAGGACGGAGGCGGGAAGGCCAGCAUGGAGGACGGAGGCGGGAAGGCCAGCAUGAAGGACGGUGGCGGUAAGGCCAGCCCGGAGGAUGGUGGCGGUAAGGCCAGCCCGGAGGACGGUGGCGGGUCCCAGGACGUCGGCCUGUUGAGCGGCCAGGGUCCGCGGAAGAGGACAGGGUGCGCGGACGGAGUCUGCAAACUGAUCGAUCUCUCUCUCUUCAGGCACCGCGGUUUCCUCAUUUACCUCGUGGGCAACGUCAUCAUGUUUUUCGGUUUCUUCGCGCCCAUUGUUUUCCUGGCCCCGUACGCCAAACACAUGGGCAUCGACGAGUACCAGGCGGCCUUCCUGCUCUCCAUCCUGGCCCUCGUGGACAUGUUCGCUCGGCCCGCGACGGGGAUGGUGGCCAACUCUCGCUGGGUCCGGCCCAGGAUCCAGUACUUCUUCAGCCUGUCCGUAGCGUACAACGGCGUCUGCCACCUGCUGUGCCCGCUGGCCACGGGGUACGCGGGACUAGUCGUCUAUGCCGUCUUCUUCGGCGUGGCGUUCGGCAUGGUCUGCGCCUUGCUCUUUGAGGUUCUGAUGGACUUGGUCGGAGCUCAGCGGUUCUCCAGCGCAGUCGGGCUCGUCACCAUCAUCGAAUGUGGACCUGUGCUUUUAGGACCACCGAUAGCAGGGGCACUGGUGGACAUCUUUAUGGAUUACAAAUACAUGUACUACGCCUGUGGGGUCAUGAUGCUGGCUGCUGGAAUCUUCCUCUUCGUCAUGAACUUCUACAACUACAGGCGCCUGGAGCAGGAGGAGAAGGAGAGGCUAGCGGCGGCAGUGGAGGUCAGAGCUGGGAAUGAGGAGUCCACCGUGAACGGCACAGGAGAGAAGAAAUCCGUGGAGGAGGAGGUGCCAGCUCCGGAAGACAAGGGAGAACCUGCGUGCACUUUUGAGACAGAAACCUAAUCUGCUGCAUAUCCGAAAACGGUAUGCUAGCAGUUAAGCUAGCAAACCUUCCUAGAAUAUGAGCAGUGGUCAAUCUGCAAAUCAAAAAAAAACAUUUGGACUUUAAGGCUAAAUGGACAGAGCUAGCCUGAUGGCUAAGCCAUUUGAAGUGGUGGAAGCAGGUUGCAAUCAUGUGUUUUUUGAAGUUAGCCACAUUUUACAUUUAUGCCAAAGAUGGAACAAUGGGUUCAAUUUCAGUAUGAAUUUAACCAGUGUAACAAAAGAUAAACCAAGGAUUUGACCAGUUUUCUCAAUGUUGAUUAUAAAACAUGCUAUACACAUCAAAAUAAUUAAUUCCCUUAACAGUUUGUAUCUAAGUGCUGAAUGUUUUCGUAUUUAUUACCACAGUAUGAAUGACAGGUCAGGCGCUGCUUCCCUCCAAGAGGCUUUUGGAGUCAGAUGGUGUAGGGGUCAGCGAGUGCCGCGAGAAGGAAGUUUCCGGAGUGAAGGGGGUAAUGCUAUACCGUGUGAUUUCUGUGGGACACACCAGGCCGAAUUUAGGUUUUUAAAACAAAGGGUGAAUACUUAUCAAUUAAGUCAUUUUCAGGUUUUUAUUUUCAUUAGAAGUCUGAAGCCAUCUAAAUGCUUCAUUUUUCAUUUCUCAUCUCAUUCAUUUUCUCAUUAUAUAGAGUUACUUCCACAGAAGUAAACAAACCACAUUCAGAUAAAUAAGACAAGAAAUAAUUAACGGGGGUGUAAACUUUAGAGCGUUGUAUGGCUUUUCUAAUAAGGGUCUUGUUGAGGUGUAAUUGUGAAUGUGACUGACAGUUUUACCCCAUAUUCAGUCGACCAGUCAGUCUGUAACUGUGGCUCCACUGUACAGUCAUGUGACCUUGGGGGAGACAAGGCUUAUGGGGACCAGACUCAGUCUGGUAGACCCAUUGUGUGUGUCUUACUUCAUUUUUUUUUCCAGCUAGUUUAAUUAUGGUUGCUGAAAACAUAUUCAAGUCCUACCAGAAUAUUUUUCCUCAGAAUUAUUUUAACACAAUUCACUCUUGGCUCAUUGGCAUUUGCACUGUUAUUGAACUUAUUUGCGACUCAUGGCUUAGUUUCAAAUGAGCAGCGCUGGUAUUCAAUCAACAUCUGUCUUUAGCAUUAACUGCCUAUUGGCAGAAGCAAUGACAAAAACCGGCCAAGCUCGGGUCCCGAACGAAAAGCAGCACAGUGCUUGCGUUCAAUGAGUACAAAUGUUGAUUAAAUACAGGCUGCAGUCGAUAUAGAUCCACUGAUUUGACCUGUCUGUCAUUUAAAAUGUAAAGGAAUCAUCAGUCAUAAAACACAUUCCAGAAA